AUGACAUGACGUUCUAUUCUCCAACUGUCACUCGCCAGCGCUGACCCGCCCAUAACCGCGCCACAGCCGUCUCCAUGGCAACCACAGAUACCGGAACAGGAAGUGCUCAGCAAAUGAAGGCAUUGAGUCCGUUAAUAGGAAAGCUGGAAGCAGAGCGGUAAGGAGCAAUAAUUAAAUAUGGCGCUGCCGACACUACCUUCAAACAUCUACGGUCGUAGCAGGGUUCUGGAGAGACAGAUUGUACGCCACAGAGAGCAAGAAGCUCGUUUUCGUAAUGAGUGGGACGUGGCCAAUCGCUACUUUAAACAGUCAGAUGUGUGUAGCAGCAAACAGGCUCAGUGGAGUUCACGUAUUUCCUAUGAUCAGAGUAUGAAUGCUUACCACCGUGAGAAACAGAGAGAAGAGAAAAGGAAGAACCUGGAACGCCGGAGAGAUGAGCUUCGUAAAAUGUUACAGGAAGAGAGAAACAUAUUGGAAGCAGAAUUGAAGGAGCUUUCUCAGAAUAGGGAGCCUGACCUCGACAGCAUGAGGGAACGAGCAGAGGGGCUAAGGUCUGCACGGGAGGAGCGUAGGAAAAAGCUUGCUGAGGAGAUGCUGUAUGAGCAGUGGAAGACAAACAAUCCGAAACUACGGGAGGUGGAAUCCAGUAUGCAUAAGAAGUAUGUAGUCGAUGCCUGGGGAGAACAGAUCACAGAGAGAAAUCAGGAAAAAUUAGAAGAGCAAGAAGAGAAGAAGAGGUUUGAGAACCAAUAUGAACUUGCCCGGCGUGAAGCUCUAGAGAAUAUGAAACGAGAGGAGGAGAGACGGCGCCAGACGGAGAGGGAGCAAGCUGAAGUCCUGCGACAGCAAAUGGAGGAGCUCAAAUUGAGGGAACUAGAGGCUCAGAAUCUAAAGAAGCAACAGGAGGAUUUACUAAGACAGCAGUGGGAAGUGGAGAAGCUGCAGGAGGAACGGAGGAAGACUGAAGAAAGGCAGAAAAAGACAGAGCUUGGUCAUUUCUUGAGUCGUCAGUAUACAGCUCAGAUGAAGAGGAGAGCCCAGAUGGUACAAGAAGAACUGGAAAUGGACAUGAAAAUCCUCUCUGCCCUGAUAAGUAAGGAGGAUGAUGAGCAACGUCUGCGAUCGGCUAGAAGGGAGCAAGCUGCAGCUGACGCAGCAUGGAUGAAACGCGUUAUUGAGGAACAGCUUCGUCUGGAGAGACAGCGGGAGGCAGAGAUAGAUACUAUGUUUAGAGAAGAAGCCAGACAAGUGUGGGAGAAAAGAGAGGCUGAAUGGGAAAGGGAGCGCAACGCAAGAAAUCGACUCAUGAAAGAGGUUUUAUAUGGAAGACAGCUACAGAUUAAGGAGCAGAUAGACCAGAAUAGACAAGCUCAGAGGGAAUCUUUACAGUCUCGUGAAGAACUUAUCAGAGAAUUGGAAGAAGUUAGACAGCUGACCUCUAGAGCGAAGAAAGAGGAUGAGGAGCAGAAGACUGCACGGAAGCUGGAGCUGGAGACACAGAUUUCUGAACGCCGUUUGAAAGAAAUGGAAGAGAUGCUGCGUUUGGAAGAGGAAGAACAAGAGGAGAAGUUGGCAGAAGAAAAAGAUGAUGAUUUAGUAGAACAGGAGGCAGAAAUACUGACACAAAGAGGUUAUCAGAAAAAGGUGUUUGGGCGCCCCAGACCUGCCUGGUCUUGACAGCAGGAAACUCGGAGCUUGACAUGCCACUCAAAAACCAUCGCAGUUGUCUGAGCCCAGGAAAAAACACAUGUAUUUUUGUUAUAGGAACUCUUUGUAAAUAGGUUUUUAUUCGACUGUAAAUAGGUUUGUGAACGAUUAUAAAAAAAAUCUUAUAUGAGGGAUACUUUUCCUUACCAAGCAAUUUAAAAUGUGCACUCUUGAUAGGGACACCCAGGUAAUAUAUAUUGGUAGCUUAACCCCUCCCUGACAGGCAUAUGCAUACAUGGGGCGCCACUGUGUUUGCACUGUGAGUGUGCUGCACUCCAGCACAGAGAUCGAGCUCUCACCGAUAGUCCUGGGUCUCCUACUAAUGAUAGGAACUAGGAGGUCCAGUUCCCAAUCACCUGAUCACUGUGAUAACCUGACUGUACAGCAUGCCCCUGUGUUGUUUUCUCCCUUU